CUCCGGAAAGAGCUGUCAGAUCGAUUCAUCUCUCUCUCCUCCGUCAAUUUUCCCCCGAACCUUGCCUACAAGGGUAGCUGUCCACCUCGAGUUCAUUCCAGCUAACUUUAGAGGUCAUGCCCGGACUACGCUAUUGAGAUUGAUUGGGGAUCACCGCUCCUGACAGUCCAGUCCGUCCCUACGUUGCUGCCUGGCAUUGCAUUCUUGGAGCAACACAACACCACAUGAGCAUCCAUCAUCCACCACGAUGGGAUCUGCCACGAGUUUCGCCAAGACCAUCAUCGUCCCCGCGGUAAUCUCCCUAUCGCUGUACCUUCUCUUUUCGUUCGUGAUCAUUCCAUUCUUCCGUCGAUACCACCAGCGAUACUCGCAAUAUCUUCCGCUACACACCAUCUCCGCGCACACGACCACCCUCCGGGAUCGCAUCGCCGACGCCCUGAUGCGUCGCUUUCUCCCAUCAUCCUGGCGCCAGUCGCAUCUCGAUGACCCCUCCGAUAACAUCAGUAUCUACGAUGAAGAGGGCGAGAUCAUGGUCGGCAUGGACAUGGACCCCUCCCGGCGCGAGGCGCUAGAGCGCCGUCGCAGUAGUAUAUCUGCCGGUGCCGAAAGUCGUCUCAGUCGGGAACUGGAGGCCGGGUUCAUGGACGAUAGCGACGAGGAAGGGGAUCGCCCCCAGUCCCGGAGGGGGAUUCUCUGAUUUAUUUCCUACUUGUAUAUAACCCACAUACAUACCUAUUUAUAUAAUGCGAACUAUACCAUAUACUGC